ACUGCAAAACUCGUCGCGUACGCACGUAUAAGCAACUUCACACAAUGUGGUUUGAACUCGUGAUUUGUGUAUUAACAAGUACAGCCAAUGCUAGACAUUUGGCUGGUAAACAAGAGAACAGUACGUUAUCGUUGUACGAUUUCUUUUCAAGUGGCUUUGUUGAAACAUCCAAUAGCAACGAAACAGAUUGGUUGAAUAAAACAUUCCAUACGGACGACGAUAGUCAAGAGUCCGAUUACAAUAACGAAAGGCAGCAUUUGCCAACGGAACAAAAAACACAUCGGAACGAGGCAACUCCAAUUCAUGGACAUGUGUUUGAAAGAGUAGAUUCUAAACAAGGAUUUCAGAGCAAAGGUGUUUUAACGAGUAAAACUAUAAAUGAUACAGUUAAACGUACGGAUUUCAAAUCAACACAGAUUGGUGGAACUAACACAAAUAUCGGUACAGUUAAGCAGAAUGGUCAAGUUUUGCCAGUAGAUGAAGAUAGAUGGAUCUGGGAUGACGGUACCACAACAACAACGUUAAAACCUGAAGAAGCAAAUAGAAAUACGUCAGUAGUUUCAGACUUAGAUGACAGGACUGCUUUCGAAGGCGCUCAGUGUCCAAAAGGUCAGAUAAAGAUAAAAGGUACCAAUACAUGUAUUGAUACAGACUGAACAGUUUCAUUGUAAAAUUGCGAUACAUUUCUUGAUUUAGUAAAGUCUGUCGUAUCAGCUGUUGAAGAUUCUUGUCGAGAUUUGGUGACGGGUGAAAAUUGCGUAGUUCUUCGACUAUAAUUGUCACCAUAUAAACGUUGGAUAGUGCGGACAGUAUCUAGUUAUAAGUGAAAUCCCAUGUUUGCGUUUUAGAAUGACUAUCAUCUAAAUAUUGCGUAAUCUGUACA